AUGCCCGUCCGACAAAAGUCAUUGGGCCUUCCCGCAAGGCCCCCGGAGCGAUCAGUAACGAUGGAAGCCAACGAGAAGGAGCUUGAGAAACAGAGUACCGACACUGCUGUCAAAUAUUGGCUAUCGGAAGCAGAAAAGCUCCAGCCAGAGCAGCGCCUGCUUUUUGAGCGAGGCGUAGAGGCCGACAGCUACGAGAACUAUGUAUUGGACUUGACCCGCGCAGUUCAGAAUACAACCAACUCAAGCAAGAUAUCGAGGCUGUCGAGGAAUCUGAAGCCCGUUUACGCACUCGUCAAGUUGAUCGCGCCGCUGAUAGCCUCCGCAGACCAGGCCAGUCCAUUCCCGCCAUCUCUUGUCAUCGGAGGCAUCACUUGCAUUUUGUCGGCCAGCAACCGUGUGGACGAUUACCAAAGCAAGCUUAUUGAGGAGAUGGAGCGAAUGGUGCUAGAGAUUGACUCUAUCAAUCAAUAUCGCCAAGAGGGGAUUUUCCAGGAUGAUAUCGGAAUCAAGGCAUGCGAACUGAACCUUGCAACUGACAUCCUUCAUUUCUGUGUAAAAGUGGCACCCGUCUUCUAUGAUGAAAAGGGCAAGCAGAGAAAUGGUCUUUCAGUGGCUAUGAAGCUGCAAUUCAAAGACUUCGAUACCAAGUUUGGUGACAUCGUGGCACAUUGCAAACAGCACGAUGAAGACAAGGACAGAGCGCAAAGACGCAAAGAGUUCCUUGACUGGCUUCCCUUCAUUGACUUUGGAGAGAUUCACGACAAUGCAUUUGAGAGAAGUGUUGAUGGCACAGGCGACUGGCUCAACAAUAACGACGAUUACAAAGCAUGGAAUGACAGCUAA